CACGGCCGGCGUGCUUCCGGAGUAGGGAUCUGAGUGUGUGGGUCGAGCCCGUUGGGACGUGGAGGGGACCGGGCAGAACAGGGUCGUCAACCUUAGUUUGUGUAAAGGCACGGACUCCCUGCAAAGGAGAGCUGGACAUCAAAACCCGAGACUGAGAUCCCACCUGGAGGGACGCUGUCUAGGAAACUUGCCAAUGUUCAAGAGUCGCAGGCUGAGCGUCUGAGAUGGAAGAUGCCUUUGAACAGAUCAAGGUGUAAUCAGAGCCUGGUGACAAGUUACUACAGACUUCCCUCAGCACGAGCAUUGCCUCUGCAUUCUUUAGAGGUGGAUAGGAAUGUCACUAGCAUCCAGAAGCCAGAAGCAGAAAUCCCUAUGCUGAGAACCUCCUACAUCCAAGAGGCAGAUCUGUAACACAGGAGAUGGAAAGAAGUGGCAGCAGCAUUGCCAAGAGACCAGCACAAGAUCUGCCCUGUCCAGAACCUGUCCUUCUCCAAGGGGGACAGACGGAUAAAGAGGGACUAACCCCUCUACUCCCAUCAGCCAGGUUUCAGGAAUCAUUGACCUUGAAGGAUGUGAUUGUUGACUUUACCCAGGAAGAAUGGAAACACCUGGACCCUGUGCAGAGGAGUCUUUUCAGAGAUGUGACUCUAGAGAAUUACACACACCUGGUCUCUAUAGGACUUCAAGUUUCCAAACCUGAUGUGAUUUCCCAUUUAGAACAAGGGACAGAGCCAUGGCUGGUGGGAGGAGUAGGUACUUUUGAAGAGUGGAAGAUAAAGCCUGAAAAUAAUGCAUCAGUCCCAAAGUUAAACAUUUCUGAAGAAAAACCAUCUCUAUCAGGAAUAAUGGAAAAACUCAAAAUAGAUAAUCAUGGGAGUUCCAAUCUCUUAGAAACUUGUGAACUUGAAGGGAGUCUAGAUUGGCAACAAGCAAAUCGGCUAACACUUUCAAGGGAAAGAAAAAUCACUGAAAAGAUAGCACAUACUCAGGAGAAAGGCCCGAUACAUAACGAAUACAUGAAAAGCAUCAAUAUGAGUUCAAACCUUGUUACACACCAAGAAAUGUCUUCACAAGAAACCCCUCUUAAAUGUGAUGAACACAAAACAAGUGUCAAACAGAAUUUAGAUCCAAUUAAAAAAGAGAAAUCUUGUAAAUGUAAUGCAUGUGGGAAAACUUUUAGUUAUUGUUCAGCUCUUAUUCGCCACCAGAGAUCCCACACUGGAGAAAAACCCUACAAAUGUAAUGAAUGUGAGAAAGCCUUCAGCAGAAGUGAAAACCUUAUAAAUCAUCAAAGAAUUCAUACUGGAGAUAAACCAUAUAAAUGUGAUCAGUGUGGAAAAGGCUUCAUUGAGGCACCAUCUCUUACUCAACAUCAAAGAAUUCAUACUGGAGAAAAGCCCUAUAAAUGUGACGAAUGUGGAAAAUCAUUUAGUCAGAGGACCCAUCUUGUUCAGCAUCAUAGAAUUCAUACUGGUGAGAAACCAUAUACAUGUAGUGAGUGUGGAAAGGCUUUUAGUCAGAGGGGCCAUUUUAUGGAACACCAGAAAAUCCAUACAGGAGAAAAACCUUUUAAAUGUGAUGAAUGUGAUAAAACCUUCACCAGGAGCACACACCUUACUCAGCAUCAAAAAAUUCAUACUGGAGAGAAAACCUAUAAAUGUAAUGAAUGUGGCAAGGCCUUCAAUGGACCUUCUACUUUUAUCCGACAUCAUAUGAUUCACACUGGUGAAAAGCCCUAUGAAUGCAAUGAAUGUGGGAAAGCCUUCAGCCAGCACUCAAACCUUACUCAACACCAGAAAACACAUACUGGAGAGAAACCCUAUGAUUGUGCAGAAUGUGGGAAAUCCUUUAGUUACUGGUCAUCCCUGGCUCAACAUCUGAAAAUUCAUACUGGAGAAAAGCCUUACAAAUGCAAUGAAUGUGGGAAGGCCUUCAGUUAUUGCUCAUCUCUUACUCAACAUCGUAGAAUUCACACCAGAGAAAAGCCUUUUGAGUGCAAUGAAUGUGGAAAGGCUUUCAGUUAUCUCUCAAACCUUAAUCAACACCAGAAGACUCAUACCCAAGAGAAAGCCUAUGAAUGUAAGGAAUGUGGAAAAGCCUUUAUUCGGAGUUCAUCUCUUGCUAAACAUGAGAGAAUUCACACUGGAGAGAAACCCUAUCAGUGUCAUGAAUGUGGGAAAACCUUCAGUUACGGCUCAUCCCUUAUUCAGCAUAGGAAAAUACAUACUGGAGAAAGACCUUACAAGUGUAAUGAAUGUGGAAGAGCGUUCAACCAGAACAUACACCUUACACAACAUAAGAGAAUUCAUACAGGAGCAAAGCCUUAUGAGUGUGCUGAAUGCGGUAAAACCUUUCGUCAUUGUUCCUCUCUUGCUCAACAUCAAAAAACUCAUACAGAAGAAAAACCCUAUCAGUGUAACAAAUGUGAUAAGGCCUUCAGCCAGAGUUCACAUUUGACUCAGCAUCAACAAAUUCACACUGGAGAGAAGCCCUAUAAGUGCAAUGAAUUUGACAAAGCCUUUAGUCUGAGUACUCAUCUGACAGAACAGCACAAUACUCACCUUGGAGAGAAACCUUGUAACUAUAAUGAAUGCAGGAAAACUUUCAGCCAGCACAUUUACCUCAUUCAGCAUCAGAGAAUUCAUUCAGGGGAGAAGCUUUCUGGAUGUAAUGAUUGUGGAAAAGCAUUUAGAUAUCGUUCCGCUCUCAGCAAACAUCAGAAUCUUCAUCCUGGUAUAUGACUUUUCUAGCUACAUCAUUAAUUUAGGGAGAUAACUUUAAUUUAUCUUUUUGUUAAAUGCUGAAGGAUCAAAAUGGAUUGAGAAAAAAUAUUUUAAGCUUUUCCAUUCACAUGAAUUGAAAGUACAUUGGAUUAAACUAAUCCAAUUAUGUGACAUUGGGAAACACAACCAUUUUGAACUUCAGUUUCCUUAUCUGUGAAAUCUAAAAUUUGGAGUAUAUGAUGUCAAAGUUACUUUGGAGUUUUAUAUGUCUACAAUAUAUUAUUGAAUAGUGUUGUUAUACAUCAUAACAGGUAGAAUAUGUAUAUUACAUCUCGAAUGUGUGUUUAUGCAUGUUUUGCCAACAGAAGGCAUUUGUGCAUCAGUAACUAUAAUGGAGGUUUGUUACUGUGUUCUAGCAUACUUGUUAUGUAGGUAACCAUUUUCUAAUAAAAAGAAUUCAUAAUA